AUGUGUGGUUCAAAACGUUUCUUUCAGUUUUUGUGUGUCAUCUUGGUUUUUUGGCAGUCGCAUACUAAAGACGUUGACAAUGUUAGUAAUGGAACAAUUUUAUCAAGAAGAAAGCGAUUUAUCAUUUUUCCGGAAGGUAGCUCGUUUCAAAUAGUUUUCUGUACGACGUAUCCAGCUAUAAUAGCUAUAGGCGACAUAUUUCUGUGGGGGACUACGGCUGCUUUAGCCUAUGAACUCCCUCAAGAUCCAUAUUCCCCUUUCAAUCACAGAGCCGACCCUCUUCAUAGAAGGAUGGAUACGAAGACUAUAUAUUUCACGGAUUAUGACGGAAAAAUAAUCGACCAGAAACCUUAUGAAAAAAAAUUCAUAGUAAAUCCAGCGUUUGCGAAGCGUAGCGUGGAUGGACUGGUAUCCCCAGAAUUUAAAAUAGACGUGAAACAGAUACACGCUUCGAAACACACACGAGAGUUUUUGAAAGGUGUGCAUUUGGAUGGAGUAGAUUUUCAUAGGAGUAGUCGGGCGAAGCUGUAUCAGCAGAUCGAGGCUCUGUUAGAUGGUUUCGGUUCUGAUGGAAGAAGUUGUUUGUUAAAGACAUUGUGUUUAAUUGGUCAGACACAAAACAGUUCGCAAGGUGCAUUUGUGGAUGAAAUAAUACGAGCAGUAUUCACAUUACCAAAAGGCAACGAAAUCGAUGAUGUAGAUGAAGAAUACGACGCUGCAUUUUCAGCAACACAACCUUGUGAAAAAUUGUAUCCUAAUUGCAACGAGAAUGUAGACUCACCAUUUAUUUCUUCUUGAAUUGGGAAUAAAUUCAAUUGUAAUAUAAUAUAAGAUAUUUUGUAA